UGCAGAGCUCCCCCUUAAAACAAGCUAAUCAAAUCGAUCCGCUUUGAUGAAAGUGGAGAGAACUCGCGUGCGCUACAAAAAUCGCUUCAUUUGCUAGAAGGAUUUGGGUUGCAUUUUAGCGGUGUGACAUUUACCUCCUUCCCUGGUUACUGACUCUGACCUUGUGACCCCAGGCUGCCAGGACACCGUGACUGAGGAGGCCACCAUGAAUCAGGAGGGGCAGCAUGACCCCCUCCACACAAAUACCCUACCGCCAGAUACACCCCCAGCACCCAAGCUCUCUCAAGCCCAAGAGGGACACUCCGAACUGGGGGAAGAGAAGGCAGACAGCCCUAGGGGUAGAACUGUUAGGCCCUGUAAUGGGACAAAGACAAAGGAGGGUGCAACAGAGGUAGAUAGUGGGGAAGGGGGCGGAGAUACCACAGAAUACGGAAAUAUAGAGGUCAUCCUGGGAUCGGAGACAUAUGGAAAGAGUACCAGGAAUAAGCAAUUUAAUAAAAAGGAACUCAAAUGUUCUGUAACUCAAAAUGGCAAUGGGGACAUCUGUGAAGGUGAAGGCACAGAAGUGGCACUGCCCAAGAGCCCUGCAGAGGACUCAACAAAGCCCCUGUGCUCUCUGAGGUUUAAAAACGGGGUUGAAGAUGACAGCGAAGGACAAGAGGAUGAGGAGGGGGCUGUGGAAGUGUCCUCAGCACAGGGGAAUCUAGACACCUUCAGCUCCACAUUUGAGCUCUCUGUAGAAGAAGCGGAUGCAGAGGUAGAGGACGAAGAAGAAAGAGUGGAAAGGGAAGGAACAGGUGUGACCUCAAACCAGGACAGUUUCAGUUCUACGUUUGAGCGCAUUGUUGAGCAGGUUACAAAGACUACAGCUGUCAAGGAGGAAGAGGAUGAAGGAGAGGAAGAGUACGACAGGACGAAAGAGAUCCAGGAUGGUUUUAGCUCCACGUUUGAGCGUAUUGUCGAGUCAGAGCUUCUGAAAGGUGGGACUUGCUACAGCAGUCUGGAUUCUCUGGACGUACUGUCGCUCACAGACGAGACGGACAGCUGCGUCAGCUUCGAGGCGCCGCUCACACCUCUUAUCCAGCAGAGGGCCCUAAUGGGCCCUGAAACUCCAGAACUGGAGCUGGAGACCGUGCAGGAAGGGGCUGAGAACCAGGAGGGGGAGGCCGAGCUGGGAACGGAUCCAACAAGGGAGGGACUCAGGGAUGGAGCCAGCUCUGGAAGUCCGCUAUGGACCACCAUACCAGAAAGCCGGUCGGAAAAUGUCUUGAGCCAUCCGGCACAAUGGAGCAUCCCUAAUGGAUUCCACAUUGAGCUGCCUGGGAAUGGAGAGAGUGGGGGCCAAAUUAUUCCAAACUCUAUCAGUGAUGCCAACCUCACAGAUGUGCUGUGCGACUCAGAUUCAGAGCUGGGCAGCGUUGACACCCCGGAGAGGGGCAGCACAGAUACUCUCGCCAAUGGUUGCCGCAUCGACACGGAUGCUGCCAAACGACUGGCUAAGCGGCUGUUCUACCUGGAGGGCUUCAAGCGCUGUGAUGUUGCACGACACCUGGGCAAGAAUAAUGAAUUCAGCCAGUUGGUGGCAUCAGAGUACCUGAGCUUCUUUGAUUUCACAGGGUUGUCCUUAGACAGAGCGCUGAGGAACUUCCUGAAGGCAUUUCCUCUGAUGGGAGAGACGCAGGAGAGAGAACGUGUGCUGGUGCACUUCUCCAAGCGCUUCUGCCACUGUAACCCAGAGGAUCUCAACUCAGAGGAUGGAGCUCAUACACUAACUUGUGCACUUAUGCUUCUUAACACAGACCUGCAUGGACACAACAUUGGGAAGAAGAUGUCAUGUCAGCAGUUCAUUAGCAAUCUGGACGGCCUCAAUGACAGCAAAGAUUUUCCCAAAGAAUUACUCAAGGUGCUCUAUAACUCAAUAAAGAACGAAAAGCUGGAGUGGGCGAUCGAGGAAGAGGAGUUGAGAAAGAGCCUGUCGGAGCUGGUGGACGGGCAGUGCGAGGCGGGGGGGAAACGGGUUGUCAGGGUAACAGAUAGCAGUAACCCUUUCAUCGCCAUACCACUCGUACUCAAUGCUGCAACGUAUAAACACGGGGUUCUGACACGAAAAAGCCACGCAGACACGGAUGGCAAACGCACCCCGAGAGGACGCAGAGGCUGGAAGAAGUUUUAUGCUGUGCUGAAGGGAAUGAUUCUCUACCUGCAGAAAGAUGAGUAUAAGCCUGAUAAAGAUCUGUCAGAGGUGGAUCUGAAGAAUGCAGUCCGGGUUCAUCACGCACUGGCUAUAAGAGCCUGUGACUACAGCAAGAGAGCAAAUGUCCUGAAACUGAAGACUUCUGACUGGAGGGUGUUCCUCCUGCAGGCACCGAGUGAGGAGGAGAUGAUGUCAUGGAUUUUCAGGAUAAAUCUGGUGGCGGCUCUUUUCUCGGCUCCGGCUUUUCCUGCUGCCAUUGGCUCCAUGAAGAAAUUCUGCAGACCGUUGCUGCCUUCAUCCACAACUAGACUCAACCAGGAGGAGCAACUGAAGUCCCAUGAGAACAAACUGAAACAGAUCUCUUUGGAAUUGGAGGAACACAAGAGAAGCCCACCGGAUCUGACGCCCAAGAAUAAAGAAUCAGAAGAAUAUCGAAUCAAAGAGCACUAUUUAACCUAUGAGAAAUGCCGUUACGAAACAUACGUCAGUCUCCUGCAGGCAAAGUUCCGCACAGGAAGUGAUGACCUGGACAAGAUUGAAGCCAGUCUGUUCAAUGUGGAGGGGAAGGAAGGUUACCUGCGUAAAACUAAAUCCAGCCCAUCUAUAAGCCAAGGUCACAGUGUCAACGGACGGGCUGGUCAUAAAAACGCUCCAGAGCACAAUAGCUGAACAGCUUUCUUACUUUGACCUUUGAACUCACGUCAUAGACUCAAGUCAGACCCGGACUGCAGUGCGAUUGGAUAAACGAGACGCACUCAUUUCUUGAACCGACAAAAAUACAAACGUAGCAUUACAAUGUCCUUAUUUCAGUGUACAGUAAAUUUAUUAUGACCAUUAUAUGUAUUAUUAGUAUUAUUACUACAAAAUAAACAUUGUUAAUAAUGCUAUAAGCAUUAUGUGCCAAAUACGAAAGGAAAGGGAGACCAAGACUGUAUUGGAAAAGAAACGGCGACACAACAAUGCAUAUAAUGUCAAGAGAAAGGAAAAUUUCAUGUUGCUAAGAUGAGUUGCACUAUGACAUCAAUCUGCUGCAUGUUGAUGUAACAAGGAGAUCCGUUUUGAUUCCAAUAUGGAGCAUGUUUUGAAGGUAUAGAAGACUUUAUUAUGACAUCACAAUCAACAUACUGUGAUGGUAUUAGAACUUAAUUUAUUCAUGACAUCACUUAAUGGCACAAUGUGUUUGACCCAAUAACUUUCUUCGUGACAUCACAAUAUGUGGCUGUGUGCAGUAAUGGCUUCCUGAUGGACAGGUCAGGUUUAGAUGUAGCAUUCGGUUUACUCAUGAGGCGGCGCUCGUAUCAGCCUUAUUAAGUAGCCAGUUUAAGGGCUUUGCCACACACCGGGGUGCAUGUAAAGAUCCAUGUAGUAUUAACUGACCCCUUGUAAUUAUUUAUUAUGUUAUAUUUAUUAAUUGUACAAUUAUCCAUUUGGGAAAUAUAGUGGAUUAUGGGAAGACACUUGUAAAGAUGAAUACAUUGUAACCUUAAGUAGUUUACUAAGUUUAACCCUGUACCAUUGUUUUAUAACUCUGCUAAAAAGCCGAUGAUCAAUAUUGUAUCCAGGGAUAUGUUGAAUGGAAUUUUCCAGGUUCAAUACAAGCUGAGCUCUAUCUACAGGAUUUGUGGUAUAUAUGUUGAUUACUACAGAAAAUUAUUUCGACUUGUCCGUCAGUUUAAAAAGAAAGCAAAAAUAGUGGUUAGUAAGGCAGGGCCAUGAACAUUGAGGCUUUUAAAAUAGAAAUGUGAAGGUCAUAUUUUUGUUAAUAUUAUUUGUUCUUUAAAUAUGUUUGAUUUGAUCUGUAAAGUUGUCUAAAUCAUCCUUUUUUUCUUUUAUGUAGUGGGACUACUAUUAUAAGCAGAUGACCUUCUAGUUGUGCUGAUAUAAUUCCUGUGUUUGGAAUUUAUUUGAAAUCUCAGAGACCCAAGCAUGGAAUCUUUUUUUAAGUGUUUUUAGGAAGCCACUGGUUAUAAAAAUGAUGAAUAUUUAUGAAUAUUUUGGGGUGAAUCUUGGCAAAAUAUUUUAAAAUUGCAACGUUGAGCAUUUAGGGUUGCCAAAAUGUCAGCACCGUUUUUUUUUAGACAGUAAGGGGAAAUUCUGAAUUCACAAUUCAAUACACAAAGUAUAUGAAAAAUAUUUAAUUUUAAGCAGAAAGUGUAAAUUCAUGAACAUUCAUGACAUUUUACUAUUUUAAACUAAUAAGGCCUAUUGAUAUUAAUGAUAUAUUUGCCAGAGUAAUCAAAAUAAUAAAAAUACCCAUCAUCUCUAUGUAAUGUUGCAUAUUUAAUAUACCAUAAAUACCAUUGACCACUAAUGCCCAGCAUUGCAUUUUUGCCGCACUUAGAAAAAUUGUCUCAAAUUUAUGAAAGUUGAUAUUUAUGGGAAAUAUAAUCAUUUUUCAAUCGGUAAACAUGUUGGGCAUGAAGAAGAAAAAAAGGGUCAAAAACUUGCUUGGAAAAUUGCUCAGUUUGUUCUAAAAGUGGGUAACACUUUAUUUUACAGUGUCCUUGUUACACAUAUUACAUGUAUUGACUAUAGUAAUAACAGUCAAUUAUGCAUAAUUACAAGCAACUAAGCCUAAACCAAACCAAACCCUAAACCUAUAGUAAAUACAUGUUGUUAAUUAGUAAUAAUCAGUAAUUACUUGUGUAAUUACACUGUGACAAGGACACUGUAAAAUAAAGUGUAACCCAAAAGUGUUACAAGCAACUGUGUCAACUAGCCAUGACCUUUUUGUGUGACUUUAGACAGUUCAUAUUCAGGGGUUUUUUCCCUCCAAAACUGUUGUUAUGAAACUAUUUAGUGUCAGCUAUUGUUACCUGUAGUUUGUAAUCCAUACAAAAUUUAAGAUUUUUGUAGUGUAUUUUAUUUUAUUUUAUUUUAUUGUAUUUUUUUAACAGCAGAUUUGUGUUUUGAUUUUUUUUAGAGGUGGAAUUAACUGUAAAUAUUCCGAGAUGUGGCAGAACGUUGGCAAUGCUUGUGAUUGGCCAAAUACAAAGUUCAACUAUUCUGAUAACCUCUAAUCUCUUAAAAAUUCAAAUACUUAAGUCAAUAUUCCAGUUCCGUACAGUUAUGCUAUGCUGGAUCUCUGAGGGUAAAGUAAAAGGUCAUUCUCUUGUAUCUUUGUGUGCAGAAUGAAAAAGUUACUGGGUUUACUGGCUUUACAUGGUCAUGACAUGAGUUAAAAAUAUUAGAUAUAAAUGAGUCUUUUGACUAUACUUUCAAAGCAUUACCUUGCCCCUUACUUCCAUUUUAAAUGCCUUACUUUAACCACAAUCUUUGCUUUAAAAGAAAAAAAACAAAGGGAUGUGUCAAAAUCCAUUUCUGUGGUAACCAACAUUGUGCUAUAAAUGCUGUUGAUAGCACUUUAACUCUAUCAGUCCUGUUGGAAGUGUUGAAAAAUAUAGUGUCUUAACUCGGGACAGGGUAUAGAACUGAAAGAGAUAUUGUAAAUUCACGUGUAUGUGCUCAAGAGAGGAAGGAAGACUGUAAGAUGUUGAGUGGGUAUGCAAAUGUGCAUCAGUGAUGAAGAGGAAAACAUUUUAGACUCAAAGCAUCCCCCUCAUAUUCUUCAUUCAGUGGACCACAAAGCAUCUAUCUAUCAUGUGUCUCUAUGUGCCUGCAGAAAUUACAACUUGGACAGAACACUGAGCAGCAGGACUGCAUGCUACAUACCAUGGACCUACUGGCCUCGUCAUUUCCAUCACUAGUGUACUGAAACAUGUGGAAAGCAUCUUUUAAAAAGGACUAUCAGUAUCACAAAUCAAUGCUGAAAAUGUAUUGCUUUAGAAGAAGAAAUCUGUUCAUGAGCUACCAAACAGGACUCUGGUCAGCCCUGCUGACGGCUAAACUGAAUGGUACAAACUUUGUUUGAGCAAGUGCAAGUAGAUUUUUAUAGUCAUGUUUCAAAGCAUGAAGACAGUGAAAGUAAGGAAAUGAACUUUUGGCUCUUUUAUGCUUUAUGGGAUGUGGAAUGAUAUAAGAGCUGCAAUUUUAUACAUUCUUAGUAAUGGCUUUCUUAAAGGGACCUCUCUAUAGCCUAAUUUUUGCUUUGGCUGUUGUGCUAACAUAAUUUUCCCGUUUAGGGUAGAACUCAGAUGCUGUUGUAAUAAAAGAUUGUGAUGAUUAUUUUAUGAUCUCCA